CUUCAUCAACAAGAGCUACUUAACUCGAGGGUUCUCAAUUAUAAGAGCCAUCAAUAUGAAAUAGAGUUGUAGAGUAAGGUAAAGGGAUAUAUCCUCAAUCUCGCGGUAAUUGAGCAUAAGUUUUACACGAAAAUACAAUGGAUUCCGAUUCUGCUCCCUCGAUCUCAUAUCCAAUUGUCGACUCCCACAUCCACCUCUUCCCCGAAAGCGAGCUCGACACCCUUGCCUGGAAUACUCCAUCAAAUCCUUUAUACAAGCAACAGUCUCUCGAUGAAUACACAGCUGCUACAGCUUCUGUUUCUUCACUAGAAGGUUUUAUCUUUCUCGAGACAGACCGUAAGAAUGAUCUGAAACGCGGGGAAGAAGAUGGUUCGGGAUGGGAAAUGCCACUUAAAGAAGUGUCUUGGCUUAAACGAAUAGCAUUAGGUCAACCUCGUGAAGGAGAAGGACAUACUGCGGAACAUGCAAAGCUUUGUAAAGCGAUUAUACCAUGGGCGCCAGUACCGAGUGGAGAGAAGGCAUUGGAGAGAUAUGUGAAGGAGGUUGAGAGGGAGGCGGAAGGAAGCUGGGGGUUGGUGAAAGGAUUCAGAUAUUUGGUACAGGAUAAGGAGAAGGGGACUAUGCUUACAGAAGGAUUUAUAGAGGGAUUAAAGUGGCUGGGAAAGAAGGGCUUUGUGUUUGACUUAGGGGUCGAUUUACAUUCAGGGGGGAAAUGGCAAUUAGAGGAGGCGAUCGAGAUGAUGGAGAAGGCUCAUGAUGGAGUUGAGGAAGGAGAAAAAGUUACGGUCAUCAUAAAUCACCUCUGCAAACCCGACUUCUCAAUCUACAACACUCAAACUGAUCCCUCUUUCCUUGCCUGGCGCACCGCCAUGUUCAAACUCAGCAAAUACAGCAAUACAUACAUGAAGCUCAGCGGAUGUUUCUCAGAGAUGCCGGAUUCUCUGAAGAAAGCCCCUGUUGAUGAAAUUGUCAUGGCACUACAACCAUAUUUAGCAGUGGUUCUUGCUACAUUCGGUCCUUUCAGAACAAUGUUUGGAUCUGACUGGCCAGUUUGCACAAUUGGGGUUGAGGAUGCCUGGGGAAAAUGGAGGGACGUGGUUAUGAGGUUUUGCUACUUGGCUAGUCUAAGUAAGGAGGGUCAGAUUAUGAUUUGGAGUGGUACAGCAGUUAAAGCGUAUAAGAUUGGAGGAGAGGUAUGAGACGGGUUCUGAAUUCAGGAAGGAUGAAGCAAAAGGUAUCAUCAGGGGUAAAGGUCUAACUAAGCAAGCGAGUAUCAUUCCAUAGUUGGGAUGAUUGUGUUUUUAUUCUUCAGAUAAGUCUAGGUAUUUUAGGAACAACAAUAUUCAACGAUUCGUUGUCUUUACAAAAUCUACAAAGGGGGAUUGUGCGAUGAAUGAAUGUAUCGUAUCGUAUCCACCU